UUGCUGCCAGUCCGCGCGACGCAAGCGAGCUCUCUCUGGACUACAACGCAGCUUCUUCUUCUUCAUCUUUUAUCCAAAAUUCGGAAUUCAGAAAUCUCAACAUCAUUUCCACAAGUAUUCAAUAUUUCAAGACUGUUCGAAGCUUUUUAAACUCUUUUUUUUUUCUUUUUUUUUUUUUGGCGAUUUUUUUGGAGGGGGAGAUAUAUACGUCCAACCUGGCGCCCCCCAUGUCCCCAGUCUGGCGGUGAACGGGCGCGUGCUCCAGUAGCCCAGAUGCAUUGGAGAGCUUUGUCCAUGGUGGUGUCUGUUAUGUGUGAGGUGAUGCGGAUGGGAGUGGGAGCCCUGCAGAAGCAAACUGCUCAGAGGGACGCAGACGACUGCCGCAGCUGUCUGGAGUGUUCCCGUGACAAUGGCUGUGUGCGAUGCCCCGAGCGACUCUUCUUGUUCCUACAGAGGGAUGGGAUGUCUCACCACGGGACAUGUCUGCUCACCUGUCCUCCAGGACACUUCGAGCAGAAGGGCAAAGACAUCAACCGCUGCCUGAAGUGCCGCUCCCUGGACUGUGAACACUGCUUCAGUCGAGACUUCUGCACCAAAUGUAAAGCCGGAUUUCAGCUUUACAAAGGGAAGUGUCUGAGCCGCUGUCCAUCGGGGACCUUCCCACACCACACCGACUGCCUGGACCACUGCCUUGUGGCUCCCCUGGGCGAGUGGAGUGAGUGGAGCGUGUGCCAGCGCGAGGGGGCAACGUGUGGGUACAAAUGGGGCAGACAGAGCAGGACCCGGGGCACGUCUGACAACCAGACCACCUCCUUCUGCCCCCUACAGGCCGAGACGCAGAGGUGCAGGAUGAGAAAGAGAUGCACGCCACCCAAGAAAGGAGGCAAAAGGAAAAAAGGACUGGGUCUGAAGAGGGAGAGGAAGAGACUGCGCAUGCUGACUCUGGCUGCCAAAGGCCUUUCAACCAAUCAGACCAUAGCAGGAGGGGCCCGUCUGCGCAGACAGUAGCAUCAGCCAAUCAGACAACAGCAGGAAAUAACCUACACCAGAUGACAGAAACUCUGGUCUAUGACACAUAUAUUUGCACAUACCACAACUUCACUCAGUCAGAAAACAGCAGAUGCAAACCUCAACCAAUCAGAUGAUAACAAAAAACUAUUACUUCUCCAAUCACAUAACAGAAGACAAUUCUUUCCACCAAUGAGAAAGAUUUAUAAUAUCACAUGAUCACACUACCAGACAAUACCGGACGUCUAAACAGACCUCCUAUCUAUUUGCUGCUUGCUUUUAUGUUAAUGUGUUAAAAAUGUUAUAAUAUUGUAUUUCCAUAUCAUGUGGUUUAAUUCUCA